GUUCUGCUGGAAAACACGUGGUCAUUCUCACUUUUUAUCUCUCACUGGGUUAAGAGUAUCGCUUUGCAUAUUUCCUGAGGGAGAAGGACAUCUUGUUUCUGAAGCUCAGGACUGGAGUUUAACAUUGUUUUAAAAUGCAGAAAGGGACGUUUCCUCUCACCACAUCUUCGCGGGUUACUUAUAUGCGACUUAUGUUACUCGGAUUUAUUUUCUUGUGCUUCUCACUACUCACAGGUGCACAAGAUGAAUGUCCUCUUCAGCUCGACCCACAGAGAGUUGUUGUGAGAUACGGCGGUUCUGUUGAAGUUAACUGUAACACUUCAGUCGCACAUAAAGGGAUGGGAUGGGAAGCCAGUGAGGGAGCAGUGCCCAAAACCAAUGACAGUCUGAUCACAUGGAGAGUGUCAGAACUGAAAGAAUGGGACAUAAAGACAUUGUGCUACAUAAACCUAAAAUAUAAAAUAGGCAAUGAGAAUCCGUGUAAAGUAGAGCUCAACGUCACCAUUUACAAGACUCCAGACAGUGUGUCCAUCAGCACUGUGAAUCACAGAGGACCAAUGAUAGAGGGACAGCAGUAUGAGCUCCAGUGUGACGUUCAUGAUGUGGCUCCUGUUCAGUAUCUCACUGUCAAAUGGUACAAAGGACAAACUCUGCUGCAUCAAACCACCUUCACUGACACCAUCGAGACUCCAGUAAAUAAAGCUGUCACACUCCUGAUCCGUCCAGACAGAGCUGAUGAUGGAGCUCAGUACUGGUGUGAAGCAGAGCUGGAUCUGGGAGCAGAAGGACCUCAACCUUCUCCUAAAUAUUCAUCAGAACCUCUCAGCAUUACUGUAUAUUAUAAACCGAUCAUCAAUGAGACCAAACUGCCCUCAGUAGUGCGUGUGUUUCGAGGCUAUCCAGAGGUGCUUGUUUGUGAAGCCGAGGGAAACCCAAAACCAACAAUCAGCUGGAGCCUCGGCACAAAUAGCACAGUACAUAGCACAAAUAGUGAAAAACUUAAUAUAACAGAGUCAACACCUGAGAAUGUGUACUGCAUUGCAAACAAUUCUGUUGGCAGUGACAUCAGAGGUGUAAACGUGUACAUACAAGAUAUCUCCAUCAGCUUUGUGAAUCACAGUGGAGCAGUGAUAGUGGGCAAGCAGUAUGAGCUCCAGUGCAUCAUUCAGAAUGUGGAUCCAUCUAAGAGUGUUGUUGUGAGAUGGUACAAACUGAGUCAAACCAACUCCACUGAUGCCAACACGACUUCAGUCAGUAACUCAUCUAAACUCCAGAUCAGUCCAAGCAAAACUGAUGAUGGAGCUCAAUACUGGUGUGAAGUAGAAGGAACUCCACCAGUGUCAUCAGAUUGUCUCAACAUUACUGUACAUUAUAAACCGAUCAUCAAUAAGAUCAAACUGCCCUCCACAGUGCCUGUAUUUCGAGGUUAUCCAGAGGUGCUUGUUUGUGAAGCCGAGGGAAACCCAAAACCAACAAUCAGCUGGAGUUUUGGCGCAAAUGACAAGAAGAACAGUGAAAAACUUAAUAUAACAGAGUCAACACCUGAGAAUGUGUCCUGCACGGCAAACAAUUCUGUUGGCAGUGACAUCAGACAUGUAAAGGUGAUAUUAAAAGAGGAUUACCUGCCCUUGAUAGCAGGACUUAUUGCAGUCAUUGUGGCAUUCAUCUCAGUCAUCUUCAUCUUCAUCUUUUCAAUCUACUACAAAACAGCAAAGAUGGGCCAUUAUAGCCUGAAGAAUGCCAAGCCUAGUGCACAAAAUGGAAACAUAGCACAGAAUGGCAAACACAACACUAUUCCUAUGAAGAAACUCUCUCAGAGCAGUAUCCUUGCUUAGAUUAUAAUAUCCCUGGGUUUUGUGCAUCUACCGAGACCCAGUGUCCACAAAAUGAUUUUUCAAACUGGAAGUCUCUAGCAAUCUACUUUGUGGCUUUUUUGUCUCUUCAUGUCUUCAUUAUUUAUAUUUUAUGGAGCACCUGUUCAUUCACUCCUCGCCACUCACAAAAUAGCCUUUUUAGUUUUCAGCAAUCUAAUGGACCAGAAGAAAAUAUGUAACAGAACAGAUGACAAAGAAAUGCCGAAUGAUUUCAAAUGACCGGACCUGAUGUCUGCAGUGGAUGUUUUCAGGAAUCUACCAUCUUGAUAUAAGUGAACGAUCAUUAGCUACAAAGUGACAUUGCUUGAUUAAAUAAUACUAGCUGUGUACGUCAUUGAAGGGAAGGCUCUUGUUAAAUUGUGUAACAAGACUGUUCUUCUGUCUCUGGCACAUUGGCCAGUAUGAAUAUUUGUGUUUUGUCAAAGCUAUACAGUAUGUAGAAAUGAGAAACGAUGUUGUAUUAACAUAAGUUCAGGAGGAACACGUUCAAAUAAUCAACCAGUUACAGUCAUGGCCAAAAAUAUCAGCACCCUUGGUAAAUUGUUAAUCCUUUUGAUCUUUUAUUAAAAAAAGUUCACAAAAAUCGAACCUUUCAUUGGAUAAUGAGAAUUUAAAAUGGAGGGACGUAUCAUAAUGAAAUACAUGUUUUUCUCUAAUACUCAUUGGCCACAAUUAAAAGCACCCUUUUAUUCAAUACUUUUUGUAACCGCCAUUUGCCAGUUCAACGGCUCUAAAGUUUCUCCUAUAAUGCCUGAUGAGGUUAGAGAACACCUCACAAGAGAUCAGAGACCAUUCCUUCAUCAGAAUCUCUCCAAACCCUUCAGAUUCCCAGCUCCAUGUUAGUGGUUCUCCUCUUCAGUUCUCCACAUUCCUUGUCUAUAGGGUUUAUGUCAGAGGACUGGAAUGGCUAUAGCAGAAGCUUGGUUUUGUGCUCAGUGACCCAUUUUUGUGUUGUUUUUGAGGUUUGUGUUUGGGUUAUUGUACAGCUGGGAGAUCUAAACAUGGCCCAUUAAAAGAUUUCUAACCGA